UAUAAAUUGAACCCAGGUUCAUUCCAUCUUCGAACCUUCGGUCUUUCCUUAGAAAAGAGAGGAAAACCAAAAUGGGGAAGAAAAAGAAAACUAGAGUUUCUGAUAACAUCGCCGAAGAAAAAGAGUAUGUUGGUCAGUCUUCCAAAGAAGAAGAGUAUGUUAGUCAGUCUUCCACAAACGAGAAGAGCCUGUACGAGGUUCUUGGUGUGGAAAAGACGGCAUCUCAGCAGGAAAUUAAGAAAGCUUACUAUAAGUUGGCAUUGCGGCUCCAUCCUGAUAAAAAUCCUGGUGAUGAGGAAGCCAAGGAAAAAUUUCAGCAACUACAAAAGGUGAUAUCAAUUCUUGGUGAUGAAGAGAAAAGGGCACUCUAUGAUCAGACUGGUUGUGUUGAUGAUGCUGACCUUGCUGGUGAAGUUGUUCAGAAUUUGCACGAGUUUUUCAGAACCAUGUACAAAAAGGUUACUGAGGCAGAUAUUGAAGAGUUUGAAGCAAACUACAGAGGAUCUGAUUCAGAGAAGAAUGAUUUGAUUGACCUGUACAAAAAGUGCAAGGGUAAUAUGAACAGGCUUUUCUGUUCAAUGCUUUGUUCUGACCCUAAGCUGGAUUCACACCGAUUCAAGGAUAUUCUUGAUGAGGCAAUAGCAGCAGGAGAGCUGAAGGCAACCAAAGUCUACCAGAAAUGGGCAAAACAAGUGUCUGAAGCAAAACCACCUACUAGUCCUUUAAGGAAGAGAGGAAAAUCAAAUAAAGAGUCAGAAUCAGAUCUAUUAGCAAUUAUAUCUCAGCGCAGAAGUGAAAGGAAAGACCGUUUUGAUUCAAUGUUCUCAUCUCUGGUGUCUAAAUAUGGUGGAAGUGGACAAGUUUCAGAACCCACUGAAGAAGAAUUUGAGGCCACACAAAGAAAAUUAGAGAGCCUCAAGGCAUCCAAAAAGUCCAAGCGGAAGUAACUUAACAACUCAAUAGAAUUUCUGUGUACAAAUUUUGUUUGCCUGUGAGCGUUUUGUGGUUUCCUUAUUCUUGGUACUUAUAGCGUUCGGAUUGUAUGAUUGUAAACUGUCUUUUCUUAAGGAUUCUGGAUGAUUUCUCCUUUGAUUAGAUGGUCUGUAUGUCAGGUUACAUG